GGAAUGAUUUGCUGUUCAUCGUGUGGUCGUGUCAGUUUUCUGAAAGGAAAGGCAAGCUGGAUUGUGUGAUAAUGCGGUCUAAGUGUUUGCGACGCUUGAAAAAAUGACGUAUACCUUAGAUUUUAGUGAAACCGGCGUCUUGUGAUGAUUUUGUAAACGUGAUUAGUUUAAUUAUUUGUGGUGAAUGUGUGUGAGACUUGUCGUUAUCGUCGUUGUGCAUUUAUAGUGUCACAGAAAUAGCAAACAGACAAUAUAGUCAUUUUCUGUCAUUGAACUUAAAAAUUGAAUUUUAUUAUACGCUUAAAUAGUUAAAAUAUUAGUUUUUCGAUAUUCUUUACAGAGAUUUGCAUUUUUUGAUGCGUUUCUGUAUAUAAAAAAACAAAAAACGAAAUUAUUUGGGUGAAUGAACGUACAUAAACUUUAACAAGACUGGUCACAAAGUAAAAGAAAGCAAUAAUGGAGGACGGCCACUGUAAAACUGUGGACGAGGUGGUGAAUUUUUUCGGUGUUGAUUCUGAAAAAGGAUUGGCUCCUGAUCAAGUGCGAAGAAAUCAAGAAAAAUAUGGUCUUAACGAAUUGCCAGCCGAAGAGGGAAAAUCCAUCUGGCAACUCGUCUUGGAACAAUUCGACGACCUUCUAGUUAAGAUUCUUCUAUUAGCCGCUAUUAUUUCUUUCGUAUUAGCUUUAUUUGAAGAGCAUGAUGAUGCGUUCACAGCGUUUGUCGAACCAUUUGUUAUUUUGCUCAUUCUUAUUGCCAAUGCCGUCGUUGGUGUUUGGCAAGAACGUAAUGCAGAAUCUGCAAUUGAAGCCCUUAAAGAAUAUGAGCCCGAAAUGGGCAAAGUUGUCAGGGGUGAUAAAUCCGGUGUUCAAAGGAUUCGAGCUAAGGAAAUUGUACCCGGCGAUAUUGUUGAAGUAUCAGUUGGUGAUAAAAUUCCAGCUGAUAUUAGAUUAACGAAAAUUUUUUCAACCACCCUCAGGAUCGAUCAAUCAAUUCUGACCGGUGAAUCAGUCUCAGUUAUAAAGCACACGGAUGCCAUUCCAGAUCCUCGCGCUGUCAAUCAGGACAAGAAAAAUAUUCUUUUCUCGGGUACAAAUGUUGCUGCUGGUAAAGCACGUGGUGUUGUCAUUGGAACUGGUUUGAAUACUGCCAUUGGUAAAAUUCGAACUGAAAUGUCAGAGACAGAGGAAAUUAAAACACCAUUACAACAGAAAUUGGAUGAAUUUGGAGAGCAAUUGUCAAAAGUUAUUUCUGUGAUUUGCGUGGCUGUGUGGGCUAUUAACAUUGGACAUUUCAAUGAUCCAGCACAUGGUGGUUCAUGGAUUAAGGGUGCAAUUUAUUAUUUCAAAAUUGCUGUUGCUUUAGCUGUCGCCGCCAUUCCAGAAGGUUUACCAGCUGUCAUCACAACAUGUUUGGCUUUAGGAACAAGACGAAUGGCGAAGAAAAAUGCUAUCGUACGUUCUUUACCAUCAGUUGAAACACUUGGUUGCACAUCCGUUAUUUGUUCUGAUAAAACUGGAACUUUAACCACCAAUCAAAUGUCCGUCAGUCGAAUGUUCGUGUUUGAAAAGAUUGAAGGUAAUGACAGUAGUUUCCAUGAAUUUGAAAUAACUGGCUCGACAUAUGAGCCAAUUGGAGAUGUUUUCCUAAAGGGACAAAAAGUCAAGGGCCAGGAUUAUGAGACACUACAUGAAAUGGGAACAAUUUGCAUAAUGUGUAAUGAUUCCGCAAUUGAUUUUAAUGAAUUUAAACAGGCUUUUGAAAAAGUUGGUGAAGCCACUGAAACUGCAUUGAUUGUAUUGGCUGAGAAGGUAAAUCCCUUUGGUGUACCAAAAACUGGCCUUGACCGUCGUGCAAGUGCAAUUGUUGUUCGUCAAGAUUUGGAAACAAAAUGGAAGAAAGAAUUUACACUUGAAUUUUCGCGUGAUCGUAAAUCAAUGUCGUCUUAUUGUGUUCCAUUGAGAACAACGAAACUUGGUUCUGGACCAAAAUUGUUUGUUAAGGGAGCGCCUGAAGGUGUUUUGGACAGAUGUUCACAUGCACGAGUUGGAUCACAAAGAUUCCCACUUACAACGACAUUGAAAAAUCGAAUUCUCGAUCUUACACGACAAUACGGUACGGGUCGUGAUACACUUCGUUGUCUUGCUCUUGCAACCGCUGAUCAUCCAAUGAAGCCCGAUGAAAUGGAUCUUGGUGAUUCGACCAAAUUCUAUACAUAUGAGAAAGAUUUGACAUUUAUUGGUGUCGUGGGAAUGUUGGAUCCACCAAGGAAAGAAGUUUUCGACUCAAUUGUUAGAUGUCGGGCGGCUGGAAUUCGUGUCAUUGUCAUCACAGGUGACAAUAAGGCUACCGCUGAAGCUAUCUGCAGACGUAUUGGUGUUUUUGGCGAAGACGAGGACACUACUGGAAAAUCUUAUUCGGGUCGUGAAUUUGACGAUUUACCAAUGAGUGAACAAAAAGCUGCUUGCGCUAGAGCGCGACUCUUUUCCCGUGUUGAGCCAUCUCACAAAUCCAAAAUCGUUGAAUUCUUGCAAAGCAUGAACGAAAUUUCUGCUAUGACUGGUGACGGUGUAAAUGAUGCGCCGGCUUUAAAGAAAGCUGAAAUUGGUAUUGCUAUGGGAUCAGGAACUGCUGUUGCAAAAUCAGCAUCUGAAAUGGUUUUAGCUGAUGACAAUUUCUCUUCCAUCGUGGCUGCUGUUGAAGAAGGUCGUGCCAUUUACAACAAUAUGAAACAAUUCAUUCGUUAUCUUAUCUCUUCCAAUAUUGGUGAAGUUGUCAGUAUUUUCUUAACUGCUGCCCUUGGUCUUCCUGAAGCUUUGAUCCCUGUUCAAUUAUUGUGGGUCAAUCUUGUCACUGAUGGUCUUCCAGCCACGGCUCUUGGUUUCAAUCCUCCUGAUCUCGACAUUAUGAGCAAGCCACCACGUAAAGCUGAUGAAUCUCUCAUCUCCGGCUGGUUGUUCUUCCGUUAUCUCGCUAUUGGUUUUUACGUUGGCGCUGCAACCGUUGGAUCAGCAGCUUGGUGGUUCUUGUACAGUCCAAAUGGACCACAAAUGAACUAUUAUCAAUUGACUCAUCAUUUAGCUUGCAUUGGAGGUGGCGAAGAAUUCAAGGGUGUCAAUUGCAAAGUAUUCCAUGAUCCUCAUCCCAUGACAAUGGCUCUCUCCGUUCUUGUUACAAUUGAAAUGUUGAACGCGAUGAACAGCUUGUCUGAAAAUCAAUCACUCAUCACGAUGCCACCGUGGUCCAACUUGUGGCUCAUCGCUUCGAUGGCACUAUCAUUUACACUCCACUUUGUCAUUCUAUACGUUGAUGUUCUUUCGUCCGUAUUCCAAGUGACGCCAUUAACAAUCGAAGAAUGGAUAACAGUAAUGAAGUUCUCAAUUCCCGUGGUGCUUCUUGAUGAAACACUUAAAUUUGUUGCCAGAAAAAUUACAGACGGUGAGAAUCCAAUUUACACCGUUCAUUGGAUUGUUCUAAUGUGGGCCGUGUUUUUUGGACUUUUACUUAUUUGCCCCAUCUAGAUCAUCCAGGAAAAAAAAUUUUUUUCAUUCUUAUAAAAAUUAGUUUAAUUAAGGGAUACUUUUCCUAAGGAAAAGGCAUCCGUCUUGGACUUGCAGUUGCAUUUAACUAAAUGAAUUUUCUCUUCGACUUGCGCAUGAAGAGAGAAAAAAAAAACAAAACAACAACAAACAAACAAAGCCUAAAAUUGAAUUAAUUAAUGAAGUGUGUCUAAGUCUGAGAUUUUUAACCGAUUUGACCGUUACGCAUGGUGUUAGUCAGUGCAAAGCAAAAAAAAAAAAAAAAAAAAUAUCGAUCAGAACGUGGUCCACCAUUGCCUGGUCGCCCAUCACAUCGUACCCCGGCAGAUGUCGCCGCUAACUCAAAUUUCACAUUGUGAUAUUUUGAGCGAUUCAAAGUACCCGCCCAAUCGUAUAAUUGACAAAAUACGAUAGAUGUUAUUAUUAUUUUAUACGAGUGCCUUUUAAAAAAAAGAAGAAGAAGCAUUACUAACAUUUUAGCACUAUUCGGUUUAGACAAUAAAUUCUCCAAACAAUUCUCUUAAACUUCAAGCCGUUCAUGCCAAUAAUGUUUUACACGCUUAUUGCUUUUCACAUUUUCUAGGCUGCUCUUUCAUGAACAAUUUUGGCGAAGGUAAAAAAAAAUAAUACGAUGUUCAUUCACCUGUACAAUUAGUGGGCAUUAUUCUCUUUCUACUGGCAAUCGCAUAUUUUUAUUUUGAAAAAAAUAUCACGUCAUCUUUAAUUGAUAUGAUAAAAAUAAUAUUAUAUUUCAAUAAGCAUAAUGAGGUUUUGUAAAUUCAAUAGUAAAUUGAAUAGUAAAAUUAUUUUCUAGUCAAUUAUUUUUUUUUUUUAUCACGAGAAUAUUAUUUAUUAGUUGACGAAUUUAGAUGUCAUUUUUUGAAAGAAAAUAUAUUCUCUUUAGUUGUAAUAUAAAAUAAUUUAGUUUUCAUAUUGUGCAAUUUUGAGAAUGAUUCGAUGAUUAUAAUAAGGGAGAGAAAUUUGUGGUAGUUUUUUUUGUAGAUGUACAAAGAAAAAGAACAUAUCAAUUAAAAUGAUGUGCAUCAUUUAAUGAGUUGACAUAUAAAUUUUUAAAUAAGUAAAAUUUUAUUAACAUUUUUCAAAUAGAAAUAUUUGGAUGCGAGUAUGAAAUGAAAUAUUGAAUAAAAUACGCUUUUUGCCCUUUAAUAAUAGUGAAAAAAAAAUUAAAAUGACAAAAAGUGUAGUUUAGAAUACACUGACUAAUUGCAUGUUCCAUCCACCGAUUCUCAGCCAAUUCUCAAAUUUCGUACGGUGAUCGUGUCUUAUAUCUCUAUAUAUACAAUAAAUGUUUCCAACUGGCUGCUCCUUUGCAUCAGUUGAUCUUUAUAUAUAUAUAAAUAUUAAAGUGUAGUGAAGAUGUUAAGAAUUUUUAUUCUAAUGUCAUUUGCACUUAACGUAUACUAUUCGAAUUUCGAGGAAGUAUAAACACGUUACGCUAGCUUAUAUAUAUGUAAUAAUAAUAUAAUUAGUGAGAAACGACUCGAAACAUCUAUUUAUACGAUUUUUCCUAGAAAAUAAGAAAGAGGUUUUUUCUAUAAAAUAUUUAAUUGUACAUAACAAAAUAGCGAUUACAAUGCUGUACAUAAUGUUACGAAAGCCGUUGAGAAGUUUGUUCGUUCGUUCGCCGUGCAUAAUUUGUUUUUUCAUUUUUCCCUUUUUUUUUUUUUUGUCAAUUUAAAUGGCGAAAUCGUUGGUGGGAAUUGGAAAAUAUAUUUUAUUUUAAAUUUCGCUAAUUAAUUGCUGUAUCUAAUUAGCCACUGCUUUUAAAUUAUUAUUUUGCCUAUAUAUAUUGUUUCAUAAUCCGACUGUUGAAAAGUAAAUGUUUUCUGAUGUUCUUUUUGGAAAUAUUAAUUUGUCAUUGUCUCUAUAAGCUUUUUUGGUUUUCAUUAUAUGGCUUUACUCGUAUUCGCUCUAUAUAUUAGGCUUUGGAUGCACUUUUAGUAAUAAAAUGAAAAUGUGAAACAAGAAGUCACUGAUGAUAUUUCAUUCACUUGUGACACAUCAAAGAUUGUGCAUCAACUUUGAAUUAAUGUGCUCUAGGCUUGUAAAAACAAAACAAAAACCAAAAAAAAACGAAAAAAAGAAACCUGCAUGUCUUCCUCUAUUUCAAAACUUUAUGCAUGUAUAUCUUUUGAUCACAGUGCGUCUCUCUCGCUUCCUAUCACAUCCUGACAAAGAAUUUGCAAUGUACUUUUUUAAUAGUGUCAGAAAAAUGACAAAAAUUCAUAAAUUUUGGUAAAAAUAAAAAAAAACUGUUUUUUUUCAUUGAAUUUUAAUAUAAUGGGGAAUUUCUAUUUACUAUAAUUUUUAUUUAGUCUGACUAAAUAUUUCUUUGACUACUUAUAAUAAAUGAAAGAAUUUUUUAAUUUUUUUGUCAUUAAAUAUUUUUUUUAAAUAGUGAGGAUUCAAAAAAUUAAUUCUGUCUGACUAAAAUUUACUUCUACUACUGAUACAGAAGUUUACAGAAAUAUCAACAAUUAUGUCUGACUGGAACUGACUGUUACUACUGCGAAUUUUUAAAAACGUUUCGUCUGACUAAAAUUGACUUGUACUACUGAAACUCAAUAUUCGGCAGAUUUAAACAAUAUCUAUCUGACUAAAAUUUAGUUCCACUACUGACAGUAAGAUUUUUAUCAACAUUUUUGUCUGACUGAAACUGUCUGUUACUACUGUUGAAGUUUUCAAUCGAUUUAAAAAGCUUUGUCUGACUGAAGUUGACUUGUACUACUGAACAACAAAAAUUCGUUAUUUUUAAAAAAUAUUUGUCUGAUUAAAAUUUACUUCUACCACUGAUACCAAGACUUUAAGGAAUACAAAAAAUUUUCUCUUACUAAAAAUUAAUUAAUAUUAUAAUUAAAAAUAUAGUAGAGAAAUUACAAAUAAGUCAAAUAGAGAUUUUUUUCUUUUGAUUUCGUUUUGUGUAAAUAGAAAUUUCGCAUAUAUUAUUUUUUUUGGCUGAAGUUUUCCUUUCAAUUUAGAGUUUGCCUCAUUUCUAAAAAAAAUCAAGACUUUUAGCGCAAUUAAAAUAUCUCAACUGAAAGGAAAAGUUUAACUCGUAAUGUGUUGGAAAUUAUUAUUUUCAUCUAAAUCAAUAAUUCAUUUGUUUGAAUUUUUAUUUUAUGAAAAUAAUUUUUAUUUCCUAAUAUUUGUAAUUACUGGUUAUAAAAAAAUAAUUUUCAAUCUUUUCUCUCGAUCUAUUUGCAUGCUUGAUAAUUUUUAAGUGCUUGAUAAAAUUAUCGUAAUAUUAUUUUUUUUUUUAAUUGUAUGAUAUAUUUAUUGCUCAAUCAUAAUGGCAACUAUUUAAAAUUCCAUUUGCAAUGUUUUUUUCCGAGAAUUUUGUAAGAUUUGGUAUAUAUCGAAAUUGAAUUAUCUUUUUAAAAAUAUCUUACAAAAAUUUAUAAAUAUAUUUAAAAAGGAGAAUCUUUUCGAUUUAUCGAAUCUUCUAUAUGUAAAUUUAUUAUUACACAAAAUUGAUAAAUUAUUUUGGGGUAGAAAAAAGGCGUGAGUUUUUCAGAACGAUUUUUGAUGAAUUUUUUAGUGAAUGAUUGGUUGUAUAAGUGAUUGUUGGAGGAAGAAAAGAAAACUAUAUGAGUGUGUAAAGUAAUUAAUUUUUUUUGUUUUUAACUUUUAUUUUCGUCAAUUUUUAUUUUUCAUUUCGAAGUAAAAUUUUUGGAAAUAAUUUUUUUUUCAUCAAUUAAAAAAAAAAAGUUUUUAAAGACUUGUACUCAUUGAUAUUGUUACAAAAAAAACGAGAUAAUUAUGUGUGAAAGAGACGGUUGAAUUUUAAUUUAACUCAGCCGUGAAUAUUAUCUGGAAAAAAAGUUUUGAAAGAACACGCGAGAAUUACGCUUUAUGAAAAGGAAAUUCCGUUUUCUCUUCACUUUGCUUUCAAAAUUCCGGAAAAUUAUUUAAUCGGGUUUUAAUUACUUCUGUCUUGGAAAUAUAAAUUUUUUUUUCCCCUUCUCUUGGAAUAUUUUUUUCUUUUAUUAAUGAACAAGUCUUUUGAACUUAUAUUUAAAAAAUUAGUAGACAGUAAUUUAGUACUUGCAUUUGUGCGCUUUGCUUGCUGGAAUCUUUUUAUAAAAACUGGUAUAUCAUUUUACAUUUAAUAUAUUUAUUGUCUCAAAAAAUAAUCGUGAAAAAAAUGAACUCUUUUUUUAUUUGUCAGUACUGCAUUUUUUUUUUGUAUUUACUAUUUUGUAAAAAAUUUUUUUUAUAAAUUCGCAAAAGAAAUUAAAAUUCGAGUUAAACAAAAAUUUAAUGACGAGUUUUAUUUUUAUUUUUUUGAGAAAGGAAUCUUUGUAAAAAUUGACAGAAUAUUUUUGCGUGAUUAAGUGAAAUUUAAACGUGUGUAAAUUUUACAUAAAAGAGGAUUACUGUUUAUUCGUUGACAUAUUAGACUUGGUAAUGCAGAAAAUGUAUUAGAACUCGAGCAUGUAAAUUCACUUUGAACUUCCGAAGGUGCGUGACCUAAUUUUGAGCCCCAGUAAACGUAACAAGACUGAUGACGGGGUUUGAGGAAUGGGUCGACCACACGAGACACAUUCGCACGAGCAAUGCGACUCAAAAUGUCUCAUAUUCUCAGCUCGAAUUGAAUUUCGAAAAUUAAAUUUUGCCGAGUUCGCCAAUUUCAACUCGAAAAUCAAGCUAAUAAAUGCCCAAUUAAAACGAAACUUACACAUUAAAAAUUUUAAGUAUAACACUUGCAGCUUAUUAUCAGUAGCUUAUUAUAUCAAUCCUAUUUUAGAAAAAAUGUCUCAUAAUCUUUUUUGGUUUUUUUCCUUCUUUUUUUUGGGGGUGGAAAAAUGAUUGAGAUUUUGAGUACCGCGGUUAUAAAUAGUAAUCGGUACAAAGAUUCUUCAAAUCGAUAUAGUAAAUUUAUAAUAUUAUUGUGAGAAGCAAUUUAUCGUUUUUCAUGUAUAUUUAGAGUUAUAAUAAUAAUAAUAAUGUUAAAUAAUUAAGGCAUGAUACUUUGGCACGGCCAAAACUCAACUUAAUAGAGGGGGGGAAAAUUGAAGAAAAAUCGCAUUAUUUUUUUUUUUUGCAAAUGUCGUCUACAGAAAAAUCUUCAUUUUUUUUUAUUUCAUCUCUUGGACGGGAGGGAUUCGAUUUUUUUUUUCUCUUUUUAAAUAGCUUCAUUCGAACAAUUUUUAUGAGCGUUUUGACACAUUCUUGACGUCACAUGUCGAGACAUUUUUCCUAUUAUAGAGAAAAAUAAUCAUUUCUCGAAAGUGAAAUUCCAAAAGGAAUAUUGAAAAUUUUUAAUGUCUUGAAAGGUGACGUUUUUAUGUGUCACGUGAUCAUAAAAAAAGUUUAAUAUUUUUAUAAAUAUAUAUUAGAUUUUAGAUUGAUAUUAUGAGUCAAAAUAAUUUUCUGUUUUUUUUUAAUUUUAGUUAAAUUUUGAGAAAAGAAAAAGAUAGUUUUAGAUUAAUUUGAAAAUGAAAUAUAAGAUUGAAAUCAAUUUGCGAAAAAGGUCUCCGGAAAUGAAAAAUUGGGGUAGACAAGUUUUAUCUGAAAAAUUGAGAAAACUAAUUUUAGAGCUGCCUGCGGAUAAAAACGGUAGCAGUACUGAAGACAAUAUUGUGAUUUUAUACAGAGCUACGAAUUUUUGUAUAAUCAAUUAAUUAAGCAUUAACAAAUAGGGAGUUUUUUGAUAAAUUUCUAGGAGGAAAUAUCACAUUUUUUAAAACAAUUUUAACAAUCUGAUCGUCCAAGAGGGGGAAAAAAAUAAUUAGAAUAUAGACUAGAAAUUUUUUUUUCUGUUUUUUCAAAUGUUUGACGAUAAAUUUUAACAAAAAAAAAAAAUCUUUUAAAAUGCUGUGCUCAAUUAAUUGCUACGAAAUGUGUUUGAUCGAAAGCAGACACAUUGUGCGUUCUUGAGUCCAGGAAGUACCUAUUAUUACAAAAUAUUAAAUAAAUGAAUAAAUAUAUAGAUAUAUUGAAAUAUAAUAAUAUAUUUAUAUAUUAUAUAAAAAAUAUAAAUUUAUUAAUUAAAUAUGUAAAUUUAUAUUUAUAUAUUACAUAAAUAUAUAAUUAUAUGUAUAUUAGUUAUUACAGAGUUUGGCAAAAGUGCGAUAUGUGUGUAUGGGUGUGUGUUUGUGUGUGUGUGUAUGUGAGAGAGAGAUUUUCUGUAAACGUCAUCAAAAUGCCAAUAAUGUGGCUCCAAAUGAUCCGAGCCCGGUGUCAAAUCUGAAUUUAUUCAAUGACCUUUUACCUCUCAACGGGAUCGUUAGUACCCGAUUUAAUUAUUGUAAUUUUGUAUGCAGAGCACGCAUCUAUAAUAUUACGAGAUACCAGUCAAAUUGCCUCUUAUCAGCCAAUUAUUGAGAAAAUGCUUUUUUUGCGAAUUCCAAAUUAAUAAAUUCUAAAAUAAAUUAUAUCUUUACAAAACAGUGAUAACAUUUUUUUUAUUGACAAAAUUCUUAAAUAAUAUAAACAAAAAUUAAUUGUCAUUAAUUGUUUUUAUUUUGUGAAAUUCGAUUCGUAAAUUAAAUUAUUUAACUAAUUUAAUUUAUUUUUUUUAUUUAUAUUUAAUAUAUUGACGAAUAAGAUGGCUUUUUCGACUAAAUCAUGAUUUGAAAAAAGAUGCGAUCUGUAUUGUGUAUAUAUACAUAUAUAUUUGGUAUGUAUUGUCAUGGGAUUCAUUGAUGAGUCAAUAGCGAGGCUCGACGAAUUUUUUUUUUAAACUAGCAACGAUUUGUUUAUUUAUCGUCUUAUUUAUCUCUAAUGUACAUCAUGGAAUGCCAGGAUUAACUGGAAAAAUAUUAUAACAAGUGAAAGUAUAAGGAUUAUUCCUCUAGUGCAUUGCCUACUUGUUAUAAUAAAAAAUAAUAAUAAUAAUAAUAAUAAUAAUAAUAAUGUGUUACUAA